AAGUUUUUCAAUUACUAUUUAGAAUCACAAUUAAUUUAAAAACAAGAACCGUAUAGCACAGAACGAGAAGUUAUUCAUGCUAAUAAGUCAACAUAAAUACCGUUAAAAUUGAAUCAAAAAAAUUAUUCUCUUUAACAUUUUGUAGGACUACACGAUUGUCUUCGACCCACGCUUAGAUAACAUAGGCAAAGGUGAAUCUUUCGGCAGAGAAGGGAGCCUCGUGUUAGUAUGCUGUCCAAGAUGAAUCAUGAAAUGUAUUUUCAUUUAGUGUUAUUCAAGCUUAACGACUAGCAGUUUAUUGUAUACUGAUGAUUUCUUACGUGUUACUUAAUUUCCACUAUUGGUCCAGUUGUCCAUUUUAAACAAUAAAAAUGAAACAAAUUAAUAUAUUUAAGAGUAUUGCUAAUUUAGUUAUAGUGUCGAUUUUCUUAUCACUAAAUCAAAAAGUUGGAGCAUACGAAGACGGUUCAAAUUAUCUAUCAAAACUUGGAACUAAAGACCUGGAAGCAGCAAUUCAAUAUGGAAUUUCUCAAAUUAAUAUGCUUGCCCGAUACGAAGAUACGUUAACAUACGCAGAAAUAAAUGUAAAAACCGGUACACCUGCUCAUGGACAGUUAAUAGACUCGAAACCCACAACGACCGGUCACCUAGCGUCUCGUGACGCCGAAAUUAUUUUAAAAGCGUCGCAAUAUUUAAUUAAUAAGUUCUGUUUAAGAUAUGGCAUAAGUCGAUCACAAUGCGCAAAAAAUUUGGCUAAAGUAAAGUUAGACCAGACUUCAUUAGGUAAAACUUGUCUUAAGGAUAAUCAGGACUCGAUAGCUUGUGACGGUAAAAGUUUAAAAUACCGAAGUGCUGAUGGGUCAUGUAAUAAUAAGAAGCAUAGUUCGUGGGGAAAAUCUAAUACGGCGUAUAAGCGUUUGAUUUUUCCCGACUACGGAGACGGUAUUAACUCCAUCAAAGACCUUCCUAGCCCGAGAAUUCUUAGUAAUAGCUUGGUUGACAGUGACAAUUCUCCAGACAACUUUAAAACUCUAGCAUUGGCGUUUUGGACUAUUUUUAUUGGUCAUGACUUAUCGCAUACUGCAGUAACCAGUAUGUUAAAAACAAAUAAAUCGGUGGAUUGUUGCAAUGAAUAUGGUACGAAAUUAGCCCCUCGGCAUACACAUCCAGCUUGUGCGCCUAUUAUCAUUCCGAUGGACGAUCCAUUUUUUUCAUCACAACGUCGAACUUGUAUGAAUUAUGUUCGUUCAGUUCCAGCUAUUCGGCCUGAUUGUACUUUUGGCCCUAGGGAACAACUAAACCAAGCAACACAUUUUCUUGAUGCUUCUAUGAUUUAUGGAACUUCAUCAAAGCAGUCAAUGUCACUAAGACAGUUGACAGGAGGUCGCUUGCUAAUAUCUAGCAAUGAUCAAAGUACACAGUUGAUGCCAUUGCACAUUGACGGAUCAAAUUCAUGUCAAAAUGGCAACACAUGUUACAUUUCUGGUGACGCUAGGGUUAAUGCUCAGCCUCAUCUAACAGUUAUGCACACACUUUGGAUGAGAGAACACAAUCGAAUAGCAGACCAACUAAGAUAUAUAAAUAAAAAUUGGGAUGAUGAACAGAUAUUUCAAGAAGCAAAGAAAAUUGUAACUGCUUCUAUUCAACACAUUACAUAUAAUGAAUGGUUACCGGCGCUACUAGGGAAUAAGUUUUUAAAGAAAAACCAAUUGGAACUGUUAACAAACGGAUAUAGUAAUUUAUAUGACGAUAAUAUCAAUCCUUCAGUGAGUAAUAGUUUUGCAACUGCAGUGUUGCCUUUUGCUAACUCGAUGAUCAACGAAACUUUAGGAUUAUACGUUGAAACCAGGACUUCAAAUAGCAAUAUAUCACUAACAAAUCAUUUUAAUAAUCCAUCUGAUGUGCAAAUUAAUUUAAUGGACGAACUAAUUCGAGGAUUGACAAUGCAAAACGCAGAAAAAAUUGAUAUGAAAUUUUCUGAAGCUGUAACAAAUCAUCUGUACAGCAAUCCUGACAAUCCAAAAGUCGGCGGAAUGGACGUGGUCAGUUUAGACAUACAAAGAGGCCGUGAUCAUGGACUGCCAAGUUAUACUCAAUUCAGAAAAUACUGCGGAUUAGAAACACUGAACAGCUUUGAAGAAUUAUCACGGGUCAUGAAUAAAGAUUCAACAGAUAAAUUGUUGAAGCAAUAUAAAAGUGUGAACGAUGUAGACCUCAUAGUUGGUAUAUUAUAUGAAAAACCCGAGUACAGCUCGAUGGUGGGCCCAACAAUGAAGUGCAUUAUAAAAGAUCAGUUUACGCGAACGAGAAAAUCAGAUAGACUGUUUUACGAUCUACCAGAUGUAUUUACUAAACAACAAUUAGCUGAAAUCAGAAAAGUUACUCUAGCUAGAGUGUUUUGUGACAAUAGUGAUAAUAUUUCAACAAUGCAACAGAGUGUAUUUUUUAAACCAAGGUCAACUGCAAAUGACUUACUACCAUGUAAAUCGCCGUUAAUUCCAAAAAUCAAUCUAAAACAUUGGUCGGAUUUAUAUCAUUUUAAUCAAUAACUGCAAUUUAAAAUAUGCACCAUCUUGUUGAGUUGAUGAAAAAACCAACUAAUGAUUGCGUGAUUUCAAAAUCCGGUACCUGAGUUCAAAGUGUUUCAUGAUACAAUUAUCUCUUAGUUUUUUUUUUCUAAUAAUCUGAUCUAAAUAAUUUACGUCAAUAAUAUGUUUAAUAAUGUGUUUGUACAGCGUAAACAUGCAUAUUUUUAUGUUGUAUCGCACGUUGAAUGACAAUAUUACAUAAUGUCAUUUAACAUUCGUAUAAAAAUAUAACACAUUUAUGAGCUUGA